AGCAGAACAUCACACUUCGCUUGAAGAGAUAAACAUCCCAAUAUGGCAAACAACACAGUAAAUAUAAAAUCCAGAAUUAAUGAUCGACGAAUAAAAGAGAACUUCAUUGAGAAACAACACGUUAGCACAGAAAUUCUGCAAACACUUGACGACAUGAGAAUAACGCAUAUGUAUGAAAAUUACCUUCAUAAAAACAUCCAGGAUUAUCCAACUCCCAUUGAAUUUCACAUCACAGAAGUGGCUCACAUCACCAACAAGAUUAGUCUUCCCCAGAUUUGGCGCUUUGAAGGAUUCAAAGGUCUCAAUAGUAAUUCGCUUUCAUGGUGGAGCCUGAAGAUCAAUGAUGCUGACAUUCAAGAAGCCGAGGAGCGUUACCUUGAAACAAAGUUUCCAGACAGAAGCAAAGAAGAAAGAGCAGCUCAGCAGCCAUUCCUGAGGAAAUUCACCACAUCACCCUUGUUUAAAGACGAGUCACGUUAUGGCAAUUUCCGCUUCACGUUUCCUCUGUCUGAACUGAUGGAGGCCUACAAGAAGCAGAAAUGUGAGGGUGAAGAGCCGGUGCUCAGAAUAUAUGAGACCAAACUUUUCAAGCAGGAGAUUGAGUAUGUUGUGCUUGUUCACAGCCCUCAGUUUAAUGAGAAAUUCAAGGAUUUCCCGCUGCUUACAUCCAACCCAAUUGUUGCUUAUGAUGGUCAACAAAUCAUCUGGAAAGCUCAAGCCAUUUGUGAAACACACACCUUAGAACUGGAAACCAUUGGAAACAUGGCAGUGACUCAACGAAAGGAGAGAUAUGAACAUUAUGUGUGGGAUCAGGUUAGCCUUGCCUUUCACACUAAUGAAGUCCUCACCUUUUCCAAAAAAAGGCUAAAAGCAAGCCUCAGUGCUUGUCAACGUGAUCAGUAUGUAAACCUGGAUAAGUGGAAAAACACGUAUGUACACAAAGACAUAUCCCUUGAAGAGGCUGAGAAGAUCAUAGAAAACCUGCAGGAUGAUGAACCGGAAGAGGAAAAGGAAGACAAGAAAGAAGAGAUAAAAAUGGAAGAUGAAUAAAGGUGUGGCAAUUUUGUCCGAACAUUUAGGGUUGUGUCCUGACAAACAGCCUGCGCUGAGAUAAAUACAAGUGAUGUGUGCUUUACAAAAGUGAUUGCAUUACAUUGUUCAAAAUGGAUAACCCUGA